AUGGGUCGCGUAUUCGAGUACGCUGGUGCGAAUGGCGGCCAUCAGUUUUGUAUGCAUUAUCUGGAUAACAUGUUUCCUCUGAAAAAAUGCAAAGACGGUCUCGGGGUCGGGGGAAGUGGGUUUGAGGGGUGUGUGGAUGUGGAUGGGGUUGUGGAUGGGGUUGGGGUUGCGCGGGAUGGAGAAGGGAAAGGGGAUGGAGACGAAGCAGGGUUUAUGGACGAGGAAGUCCAGUGGUGGGGCCGCGGCGCUAGUAGAGAGGGCUUGGAAUCCAGUUCCCUCAGCGCUUCUGGCAGUUUUAACUUUUAUACCAAAAAUGAUGGGGACAGAGAAGGAGAGGAAGAGGAAGAUGGGGAGCCGGCUGCAGAAGUAGGGGUAAAUGAGAUGAGUCCCGUCAGUGCAUCCAGCACCAUAAAUGCGCUGCGUGGCGAAUUCGAGAACGGGAGGGGUUUUACGAAGAAAGAGAGGUAUAAGAAAUGGGGGGAGUCCGAGGAGGGACGCGGUUGA